GCCAUCAUGAAGGAAAUCCUCUAUAUUCAGGCAGGCUCAUUGGCAAAUUAUGUCGGAACUCACUUUUGGAACACACAAGAGAGCUACCGGGAGAGCUCCGCUGACUCGGACGGGCUCGCCUCCGAGAUUGACCAUGACGUGUCGUUUCGCGAGGGCGUCAAUCACGAUGGAGAGUCGACGUACUGUCCCCGGCUACUCGUGUUUGAUCACCAAGCCAACUUCGGCGCCCUGAGUCAGUCGAAUGCGCUCUAUGGGGAAGACGACAAUGAUCGAGACCACGUACUGCAGAACAUGGCCUGGUCAGGCAACACCAUUGAAUAUGAACGAGAGGCGAUUCUUCCGAGCAACUACCAGGUGAAUUUAGACCUUGAAAAUUCAGAAGAUGUAUCACCCGCGGCGCAACUCCGCGACAUUCGCUACUGGUCGGAUUUUACUCGACCUUACUACGUCCCACGCACGGUGCAAAAGGUUCCAGACGUCCCGGAGUGGGAAAAGGAGAGUGCUCGAGGGAAUUGGGCUGCUGGCCACGAGACUUUCGUGAGGUACGAUGAGAAUACAGGUCUUAUGGAAGGGCCUGUCCGUACCUUCUUAGAAGAGUGUGAUACGAUUCAGGGUAUCCAAGUCGUGCACGAGACCGGGAGCUUUGGCUCCUUUGUUCAUUCUCUUCUGUCGGCGCUGCAUGAUGAGGGUACCAAAAUCCCGGUCAUGACAUUCCCAUUGCUAGCAGAGGUUGGAAGCUUGCACAAUCGGCAUACUUUGCGCCUCGCCAUCAAUGACGCUCUCACUCUCCGCGGGCUGGGAGAAUUGUCGCUCCUCAAUGUGCCUAUCCAACACCCAGCGGCAUGGCACCUUGACAUUUUUGAAAGCGAAUAUAUUCAUGCCACUCGCUCCCACCCAUAUCACAUGUCCGCCAUUCUGUCUGCUCACAUUGAAAGCGCAACGCUUCCGCUCCGUCUGAAGGCGUCGAACCAUGAUAUCUAUAGUUUUGCUGGGCAAUUAUGUGGUGGCACAGCACCGCUGGCUUCACUGACAGGCAUAUUUCCCUUGUGUAGCUCGUUGAAAAUGAGCCAGCUCCCUGAACACCUCUACAGCCUGUCGCCUGGUUCCCGCCCACGGCUGUCGGAAGGAACAAGAUCAUACUCACGCCACAACGUCACCAGGGGCCUUUCCCAAAGCGCUAUUACUGCAUACGACGAGGCAAUGUUAGCCAAGACGAUUCAAUGGAUGCUUGGUCCAGUGAUUAGUACUCACGCCGGUGCCUAUCCCCUACCCAACUCUUUCCCAGCAUUCUUUAGGCCCACCGAUGGCCUGUAUCGAUUCCACUCCAGUGUGGCGGCAGUCACCUCUCUCAGUGUCACUGAACAGACCCCCGUUUUUCUGGACCAAUACGUCAAGCUUCUGAAAAAGGGUCGUGCGGUCUGCAUUCAAGCCGCAACGGAUCUAGGCCUGGAGAAGGACGAGAUGCUAGAGCUGGCCGCCGACCUACAGACUCUGAAAGACCGAUUUUCUGCCGGAGAUGGCUCUGAAAGCGAUGUGGUCCAUAAUGAGAGCGAUGAAGAAUAG